AUGUCCUUCCUCCCCCUCACAUCCCGCACGCUGCGCACCCUCCCCAAACGACCAUGCCUCUCUCCCCUCCGCACACCCACCCGCAGCAUAACCAGCAAAUCCCCCUCAACCCCCCAGCUCGAUCCGAUUUCGCUCCACCGACUCGAAGCGACCCGUCGCGCCUACUACAAACGCCGCAUCUCAUAUUCCGCCUCCGGCUUCCUCGUCGGCAUGGUCUGCAUCUGGGUAACCGCAACCUCCAUCGAGAUACCUCCACCUUCCAAACUCGACAGUUCUCGUUCUAGCAACUCCCUCUCCCCCUCCACUCCCGUCACCAUUCUCCCUCCCUCUCCCAAACCCGCCCCCGAAGACGAAGAGCUCAUCCCCACCGGCACCAGCAGCACCCCCCCCUUCCCCAAAACCCUCCACUUCACCCCUUCCCCCUCCACGCACGCCCCCGAACCCUACCAACUCCUCGGCCUCGGCAUCCGCACCGUCUCCUUCCUCCACAUCCAAGUCUACGUCCUCGGUCUGUACAUCUCCCCCUCCUCUAUCCCCAUUCUGCAAACCUCUCUGCUCCAGCUCGCCGCCCCCAACGGCGCCUCCACCCUCGUCGCCAACGAAAAAGAUGCCCUGAAAGCAAUGCUGCUCGACCCCGCCCGCAGUGAAGAAAUCUGGUCGGCCAUUCUCAAACACCCGGAAAUAAAAUCCAUCGUCCGCAUUGUCCCCACGAGAAAUACGGAUUUCCAUCAUCUGCGCGACGCGUGGGUGCGGAGUCUUACGGCGCGCGCACAGAAAAAUAGAGAGGAGUUUGGGGAUGAAGCCUUUGGGAAGGCGGUGGGAGAAUUCAAGGCGUUGUUUAAUCGGGGGAGUGUACCCAAGGGACGGGAACUUUUGUUGAGUCGCGAUGAGAGUGGGAAGUUGGGGGUGUGGUAUGAGGAUGGGGUGAGUGGGAGUCAGCGGUUGGGAGAGGUGAGGGAUGAGAGGAUCAGUAGGGGCAUUUGGUUGGGGUAUCUGGCGGGUGCGAAUGUGAGUAGUGAGGAGGCGAGGAGGAGUGUGGUGGAGGGGGUUAUGAGGUUGGUGGAACGUCCAGUUGGGAGUGUCGAGGGGAUGGUGAGGGUAUAG